CUUCCCUUUGGUCACUCGUGUAAACAAAAAAACCCAAUCAAUUCUCACGAACAGAAAGCAGUGGCAGUCGCGAGCAGGCAUCUUUUUGCGAAUUGGCGCAGUGACUGAGAGAAGGUACCAUGGCUACCUUGGACGACAAACUUUUAGGUGAAAAGACUCAUUAUUACUGUAGUAGCAGCGAGGACGAGGAUGACAACAGCAACGGCUCCGACGAAAACCAGGCCGGUGGCAAAAUGGUCAAGUCGGAAGCUCGGCCUUCUCAGGGCGUGGGGCCCUGGGAGGGCUCGUCAACAAACACGGGACCCAAGGGUGUCAUCAAAGACUGGCAAAGGUUCAAGCAGCUUGAGGCCGAAAGCGCCGCCGAGAAGGAGAAGGAACGUCUUGCCCUUUUCAAAAAGCUGUCGUUGACCUGCCGGUCGCACCAGGACGAAGAGAAGGAGAAGCAGCAGCAAAAGGAAGCUGAAGAAGAAGACGAGCUGUUUGCUGAGGACCCUUUCCUUCAGCAGUACAUGCAGCAGCGAAUGUCUGAAAUGCUGGCACACAAUACAUCGUUGCCAAAUUUCGGAAAGGUCAUCCCCGUUAAUGACAGCAUCCAACUCCUCACUGAGAUCGAGGAGGAGCACAAAGGAGUGACCGUGAUUAUCCAUGUCUUCGAAGAAGACGUGGAGGGAUGCGAGGCCAUGAACGGCUGCUUGGUCUGUUUGAGCCAGCAGUACACUCGGGUCAAGUUCUGCAAGGUAAGCAGUCGGGUCGCCGGAAUGAGCGAGCGCUUCCAGAUUAGUGGGGUGCCGGCGCUUCUCGUCUACAAGGCCGGACAGCUUGUAGGGAAUUUUGUCCGAAUGACUGAUGAAUUCGGGGAUGAUUUUUUCGCAAGUGAUGUGGAGAAUUUCUUGGUGCAGCAUGGACUGCUGCCUGAUCAGAGCUGUGUGCCACCAAUCAUAAGGAAUGGUGAUGAUGAUGAUGAUGACAGUGAAUAAAUUUUGGGUCUUGUGAGAGACGAAGUGAUUUUUUUUCGUUGCAUUCAAAAGAUAUUAUAUUACAUUUUCUUCUCUGUAAGUCUGUUAACGAUCAGCUCUUUUCUGUACGCUAGAUUUUUAGUUCCUGUGAAUUUUAUCUAUGUGGGUCCAAAGUAAUCUAAGAUGUCCCUGUCAAUUCUUGUAAAAGAAUCAAAUAACAAUUAAUUUAAUUUGCUUCCAAAAUGUUAUGUCUAUUUUGAGAUGUAGAUUCUCUUCAUAAAAAUGUGCAUUUUUCUUGAAUACAAUUGUUCAGAUGUAAUUAUCAUCACUCUCCUUACUUUAUUACUAUUAUUAAGUUCUGCAUUAAGAAACAGGGUACUUAAAAUGUCUCACAGCUUUUUGUUUGUUUAAUUGUAAAUAAUAUUAAGCAAACUUCCACAAUCACAUUAUUUAAUCUAUUAAUUCUAUUGUGCUUACAUGUUUUUAUUCGAUGAUCAUGCUAAGAAAUAAAUAAGAGUUUUCCAUUCACAAAUAAAGCGUUUUUCAAU